CGCGUGGAGCUGUCACCCCGCCGAGGUGUGAGGGGAGGGGGGCGUUGGAUGGGGGCGGCUCCCCCGGGCGGCGUUGCCCCCCCGGCCCCAUAGACACACACAGCGCCGAGCGGGGCGGCACCGCACCGGGCAGCGCCGGGCGGAGGGAGGGAGGGAGCGGGCACACAUCCGGGACUGCGCUGUGCUCCGCUACCACACGGCGCCCGCGGAACCACGGGGGGAUCCGGAACGCAGCGGGGGCCGACCCGACCCGACCCGACCCGACCCGACCCGACCCGACCCGACCCGACCCGACCCGACCAGUUGUCGGAGAGGCGGAACUCGUCCCGAAGUUCGGAGGCUCCGCGGCUGAUCCUGCUGAGAGCCCCCGAGAUACAGAACUCUAUGGGAACUGAGACCACUUGACUGCACUCAGCACCUUUCAGGAGCAGCCCUAGGUUAAACCUUGUGUUUCCCACUGGCUGUGGCUGCUUUCCCCAAGCUGGGCCCUGCUGACGCGCACACAUCUGCAGGACCAGGACAAUUAAUUCAGCUGCUUUUCAGCUUUCCAGCAGGGCACUAAAUGAGAAUAUGGCCAAUGGCAUUGAAGAUCUUAUUGGGAUCCCAUUCCCAAACCACAGCAGCGAGGUCCUAUGUGGUCUAAAUGAACAGCGACACGAUGGUCUCCUCUGUGAUGUCAUCCUCAUUGUCCAGGACCAGGAGUACCGGACCCACCGCUCUGUCCUUGCUGCCUGCAGCAAGUACUUCAAAAAACUCUUCACUACUGGCACUUUAACUGACCAGCCCUAUGUUUACGAGAUUGACUUUGUCAAGCCUGAAGCACUUUCUGCCAUCCUCGAGUUUGCCUACACCUCAACCCUCACCAUCACCACUUCUAACGUCAAGCACAUCCUCAGUGCUGCCAAGAUGCUGGAGAUCCAGUGCAUCAUCAACGUCUGCCUGGAGAUCAUGGGGCCUGGCAGAGGGGAGGAGGAGGAAGAUGACAAAGAGGACGAAGAUGAUGAUGAAGAUGAAGAUGAAGAUGAGGAGGAAGAGGAGGAGGAGGAGGAAGAAGUGGAAGAUUUUGUCAAUCAGGAGAACCUGACUGAUGGCCAAGAAGUAAGCUGUCACCAAAGCCCUUCCAAGUCUGAUCUUACUGAAGAAGCAUUUACCGAAGCACCUAAAGACUUUCCAAAUCACUACCCGGCCAACAACUCCUCUGGACACUUGGGUGUGAUACGAGACUUUUCCAUCGAGUCCUUGCUGAGGGAAAACUUGUACCCCAAGGCAAACAUCCCAGAAAGGAGACCAGCUCUUUCUCCUUUUGCUCCUCCCUUCUUCCCCCAUCUGUGGAAUGGUGAUUUCAGCAGCUUUCCCCAACUCGAAGAGCCGCAGAUAGACAGUGGCCCCUUGGAUCUGGUGAUCAAAAAGAGGAAGAUCAAGGAGGAGGAGGAGAAGGAAGAGCUGCCACCACCUCCUUUCCCUAAUGACUUCUUCAAGGACAUGUUUACCAACACCCCAGCAACUCCCUUAGGGCACAUUAAGGCAGAGACCGACUACAGCGCUUAUCUCAAUUUCCUCAGCGCUACCCAAUUUGGAGGAGUUUUUCCUCCAUGGCCCCUGGAGGAAGAGAGGAAGAUAAAACCCAAGGCAUCCCAGCAGUGUCCCAUCUGCAACAAAGUCAUCAUGGGGGCCGGGAAGCUGCCCCGGCACAUGAGGACCCACACAGGAGAGAAGCCGUAUAUGUGCACUAUCUGUGAGGUCCGCUUUACCAGGCAGGACAAGCUCAAAAUCCACAUGCGGAAGCACACGGGAGAGCGGCCCUACCUGUGCAUCCACUGCAACGCCAAAUUCAUCCACAACUACGACCUGAAAAACCACAUGCGCAUCCACACGGGCGUCCGGCCCUACCAGUGUGAGUUCUGCUACAAGAGCUUCACCCGUUCCGACCACCUCCACCGCCACGUCAAGCGGCAGAGCUGCCGGAUGGCCCGACCGCGCCGGGGCCGCAAACCAGCAGCAUGGCGGGCGGCCGGCUUGCUCUUUGGGCCCAGUGGCCCACCAGUGGAGAAGGCCUUCAUGGUGCCGCCAGCCCUGGAGGAGGUGGGCGGCCUUCCCAUGUGCCUUCCUGGCCCCAGCCCUGAGCACUUUAUGAGCGGGACGAAGGCGGCGUUCAGCCUGCAGGAGCUGGAGGACACCCAGAGGAAGCUGCUGCGGAGAGCACAGCUAGACAUGGAGCGGAACGCGGGCAUCUUUGCCUUCGCCCUUGGCCACAGCGACAACCUGGCGGCCCAACCCUUCUUCCCUCUGGCCGACCCGUGGGGCACGGGGUUCAGUGGCCUGGCAGGGCUGGGCCACAUGGCGCCCAUCCCAGAGGCCACCAACUAGGCCAUGGUGGGGCUGCUGCCUUCCUCCACCAUGCGCUCUGGGUUGGGUCACCCAACGUUGGUGGCUCCAUCCAAGGCUGCUGUUGUCCUCAGCACUCCCAAAACAUCACUUGCCUUAGCAUGGGGCAUGGCCAUCCCAGGGACUCCCUGCUUGGGGGACACUGGACACCCAUGAGACGUCCAGGCUUGGGUUUGGUAUGUUACAUUCCUUGACCAUUUGGGUCAAAAAGGACUUUUGGGAGUUGUUGGUUGGUUGGUUUUGUUUUUGUUGUUGUUGUUGUUUUGUUUUUGUUUGUGUUGUUUUAUUUUUUAGUUAAUUCCUAACUCUAGCAACAAAACUAGUUCUGAAGGGGAUCCUGGUUGGUUAGUCCUAAACCAUCCAAAACAAAACAAACAAACAAACAAACAAAAAAAGACAAAAAACAAACAAAAAAAAGGCUCUGGUAUCACCCAGGUGGAAUCUGGGUGGAAAAGGGGAUAUUUUGCUUAUUUCUUUUCUUCUUUUUUCUUUUUUUUUUUUUUUUUUUCUUUUUUUCCUCAUUUCUUGAUUUCAUGCAGAGAACCAAACUUCAGUUAUGAGCAUUUUUCACUUCAGUUGCUUAAAAAGGUAAAGGAAGACUUGUGGGAGAAUCAGAAAUCAGUUUUGAUCCGGAGCUUUGGGGGAAAAAAAAACAAACCAUGAGAGAACUCUGAAAUGAAAAUCAUUUCAAACCAAAGAUUCGGGAUUGCUCACUGAGAAUUCACCGUUGCUGACCGUGGGUGUUUGUCCUCAGUUCACCCUUCCGUCUAAUUCCUACCCACGUGUUGAUGACAAAACUCAACAAAACACCCGGGUGUCCCUGAAUCUGCAAUGCUGGUUGGAAGCAAUCCCGAUGCACAAGUUUUCCUGCUGCUGGCACCAUGGGGGCUUUGCGGGGAAGGGGCCACUGGGGAUUUCUUGUAGAUGUGAUUGUCUACUUGCCUGCAAGUAGAAAUCAUCCGUGUUCACCAUUCGUUGGCUCAGAUCUAGAUGUUAAAAAUGGGUGGCUUUUCCUUUCCUUCACUUCAACAAAUGAAAGGGAAUGAAGGGACCUCCGUCCAUCUCCACCCAGUCCUUGGUUUGCCCCAUGGAUGGUUCCACUCUGAAAUGUAAUGGGGAAGUAAUGGAGACAAAUGUAUGGGGAGAAGAAAGAAAACCUUUUGAAGCUGCAUCAAACAUUCAUUGUCUCUUUUUAUUUCUUCUAACUCUUGUGUCGACUUCCCAUGCGGCAACGUGUUGUCGAGGACUGGUUCCUUCAGGUGUUUAUUUUGGAGUCGUUGUAAAAUAUCCAAAGAUGCUGAGUACUGUAUGAUCUACAACAA